UGUUACCAAUACAGCCAACUUCUCCCUCCACUGCCACGCAAAGAUCGAGACCUCUCCGGACGAACAGCUCCCGCUCGUGGUCAAGCUCCCGCCUGCAGCGAGUUUCUGGCCUUUGAAUUGAGGCAGAGGAACUUUGCGACUGGCCUGCGACUCGCGCAAAAUGCCCUGAGCGCAGCAGGAUGGCCAGGGCCACAUCGCAUGGCGCUGCAGCAGCUGCCGGACCCGACUCGUCCAGCAACCAUUUCGUGUCCUCCGCGGGCGGGCGCCGCCACAGCAACAAUAGCAACAGCAAUAACAACAGCGGCGACGAUGAAGAGGCGACCAACCCGCUUCUGCCCGGCGGCGGCGGCGGCGGCGAGCACACGGGCGACAACGGAGACGACGCCGACGACGGCCUUAUAGUUCACCCGGGCUCCCCCCACGAUGAGGACGACACGAAUAACCACGACAACCAGAACCACCACCACCACCACAACAACAACAACAACCGCAGUUCUCGGGCCCCUCGAACUCCCAACCGCGUCCGCUUCGACCUGCGCCCGACCAUCGUCGACGACGGCCCCGGCCGCAACCAUGCCGACCAUGACGAUGACAACAACACCGACACCCGCUACAACCCCCGGGAGAGCUUCGACAUGGACGACGACGAGGCUGACGACGCCCUCACCGGCGACCAGGGCACCCACCACCAACAACGGGUGCCCCUCCUGACGGGCAUCGAGGCGCCCUCGGUCACGGUUGCCGAGACGCUCUCGACCGAGUCGGACGCCGAGUCGUGGGCGGCGGCGGAGCGGGCGCGGCCCAAGUCGUCGCUGCCCGCGGCCUUCAUGAACAUGGCCAACAGCAUCAUCGGCGCCGGCAUCAUCGGGCAGCCGUACGCCUUCAGGCAGGCCGGCCUGCUCUCGGGCGUCGUGCUGCUGCUGGUGCUCACGGCCGCGGUCGACUGGACCAUCCGCCUCAUCGUCGUCAACUCGAAGCUCAGCGGCGCCGGCAGCUUCCAGGGCACCGUCGAGCGCUGCUUCGGCCGCACCGGCCUCGUCGCCGUCAGCCUCGCCCAGUGGGCCUUCGCCUUCGGCGGCAUGGUCGCCUUCGGCGUCAUCGUCGGCGACUCCAUCCCCAGCGUCCUGCGCGCCAUCUGGCCCGGCCUGCGCGACAUGCCCGUCCUCGGCCUGCUCGCCGACCGGAGGGCCGUCAUCAUCGUCUUCACCAUGGCCGUGAGCUAUCCGUUGGCCUUGUACCGCGACAUUGCAAAGCUGGCCAAGGCGAGCACCCUCGCGCUGGUGAGCAUGGCCGUGAUUGUGAUCACCGUAGUGGUGCAGGGCGCCAUGGCGCCGGCCGAGGCGAGGGGGUCGCUGAAGGACUGGCGGCUGCUGGUCAUCAACGACGGCAUCUUCCAGGCGAUCGGGGUGAUAUCAUUCGCCUUCGUCUGCCACCACAACUCCCUCCUGAUCUACGGCUCCCUCGAGAAACCCACGAUCGACCGCUUCGCCAAAGUCACCCACAUCUCCACCGGCGUCUCCAUGGUCGCCUGCCUGCUCAUGGCCCUGUCCGGUUUCCUCACCUUCGGCGACAGGACGCAGGGCAACGUGCUCAACAACUUCCCCCCCGACAACACCAUGGUCAACAUUGCCCGCCUCUGCUUCGGCCUCAACAUGCUCACCACCCUGCCGCUCGAGGCCUUUGUCUGCCGCGAGGUCAUGCUCAACUACUACUUCCCGGGGGAGCCCUUCAACAUGAACCUGCACCUCAUCUUCACCUCGAGCCUGGUCUUCAGCGCCAUGGUCUUGAGCCUGCUGACCUGCGACUUGGGCUCCGUCUUUGACCUCGUCGGCGGCACCAGCGCCGCCGCCAUGGCCUACAUCCUGCCGCCGUUAUGCUACAUCAAGCUCACCACGCGUUCCUGGAGGACUUAUGUGGCCUGGGCGGUGGCCGCGUUUGGCUGCGUCGUCAUGGUCAUGAGCAUGCUACAGGCGAUAGCCAAGAUGAUCAGAGGAGAGGGAGAUACUAGACAGUGCUACUGACGCCCAUAGGCUACUAAUAAUAAUAUAUGUAUCAGUACGGAGUGGCUCUGUAUAUUCCUUUUUGUAUAGAAUAGACGGCCGGA